UGCGCACACACACACACACACACUCACACACACUCACACACACACACUCACACACAAGAUGGUUCGAUCUCUACAUGUGAGUUAUUGAUAGUAGCACACAAGAAUCAACCGAUCUAUAAUGAGUGAACAGAGCCUCUGUCAGGCGCGAGCCACAGUAAUGAUGUAUGAUGAUGCCAGUAAACGCUGGAUGCCCGCUGGUUCUGGUGCUCAGGCCGUCAGUCGGGUCCACAUCUUCCAGAACGCCAGUAGCAACACAUUCAGAGUGGUGGGACGCAAACAACAAGCCGACCAGCAGGUUGUGAUUAACUGUCCUCUCGUGAGAGGGAUCAAAUAUAACCAAGCGACGGCCACGUUCCACCAGUGGCGUGAUGCGAGACAGGUGUGGGGGUUGAACUUUGGCAGUAAAGAGGAGGCAGCUCAGUUUGCAUCCAUUAUGACGCAUGCGCUCGACAUGCUGAGCGGUCAAGACGCAGGUGUGUGUCUUCCUCCACGGCCGCCACAGAACGGGCCGAGCGCUGAAGAGUUAGAACAGAAGAGGAGACAGGAGCAGCAGGAGAGAGAGCGACAGGAGCGUGAGCGGAUGGAGAGAGAGAGACAGGCUGCUGCUCCUCCAGCUCCUGCUCCCGUUCCUCCUCCCGCUCCGGCCAGUGCAGCUCCUCCACCUCCUCCUGGACCCCCUCCACCUCCUGCACCUCCUCCUCCUCCACCACCUCCAUCAGGAGGCCCACCGGCCCCGCCACCGCCGCCUGCUGCAGGAGGAGGAGGAGGAGGAGGAGGAGGAGGAGGAGGAGGAGGAGGAGAUGGAGGUCUGGCUGCAGCAAUCUCUGGAGCUAAACUGCGCAAAGUGGCCAAGGAGGACAGUGGAGCGGCUCCAGCAGCGAGUGCGAACAGUGGCGGAGGAGGUGCGGCUAGCGGAGGCGGGGGAGGAGGAGGCGGGGGAGGAGGGGGAGGACUGAUGGGAGAAAUGAGCGCUAUUCUUGCUCGACGAAGGAAAGUUUCUGACAUUCCGGCAGUGAAAAAAGAAGAAUGCAGUAAUGGUGAUUCAGGAAACACAGAAUCCAGACCAGCAGAGAAAGCAGAAGCCAUCAAGAAACCCUGGGAGAAGGCUUCAUCUGUGUCGAGGGUGAACUCGGGGUCAAAGGGUCAAGACAAGAGUCCUGCAUCUCCUGCAUCUGCCGCUCCAUUAAGCAGGAUGAGGCCUGGCAGCGGUACAGGUGACGCCGGAUCAGAUAUGGAGAAAUUGAAACAGGAAAUCCUGGAGGAGGUUCGUAAAGAGCUGCAGAAAGUGAAAGAUGAAAUUAUUGGAGCUCUGGUCGAGGAACUGCAGAAGAGCAGUGUGGUGUAGCUGCGUCACGCCAUCUCCGACUCUGCAGAAGGAUGGAGAGAACAUUCAUUCUCAUGUCACAUGUUUCAAGAGCAGCUUUUACAUGCCCUCUACAUGUCUUACCCUCUUUUUACCCUCACUUUACCCCUCCAGUGUUUCAGCUUUUGUUGACAUGUCUAAGUGAAUAUAUGCUAAUGAUCCCUGAUAAUAGCUUCUAACUUCUCCAAAGCAAUACAUUGUAUCUCUGUUUACAUGUAAGUAGUUGUUUGUUUGCACAUGCAAUAACCAGAAUAUGUCUGAGAAAUUGGCUAUAUGAUUGCAAAGUAUUUAUCACACGCUCUUAUCGUUGUACACCAUGUAAGAUAAGAUGUUUUACUUAUUGUAAAUGCUGAACUGAAUGCGAGUUCUGUCUCAGGGAUUGUCAUAUGUUCUGAAGAAUAAAGUGUAUGUUGUGCAAUGAUUGCAGCUCGAGCCAUUGCAGUGUGUGUUUGUGCUCUGUGAAGAAUGUGAUAUGUGUCAAACUAUCUGUGUGUUAUGUUGUAUGUCAGUAACAGAAAGUACAGUGGUGUUCUUUACAGCAUAAAUGCAUUGUACAUUAAUAUGUUCGUCAUUCAGUGCUGUGGUAAAAAUAAAACAAAUAUGGUAUUACCGCAAUACUUUUUGUUUCUUUAG